AUGGCCACCGAGUAUCUGCCUCCCUAUGUAUCUGGCAUUGCAAACAGAUGCAAGAAUCUCAUCAAGGGUUACAGGGAGGCCGGCCAUAACGUCACUGUCUACUCUGUGGCUGGAACACAGUGCGAACAUGUCAUUUGGAGUGUCCCCAAUCCAUUCUAUCCUGCUCAAAGAAUGUUUAUACUGCCACCAAUCAGUCUCAUCAUUCAACUACUCGACUUUUCCACUCCUGUACCAUACGAUAUAGUCCAUGUAGUCGCUCCUCUAUGUUGGGCAUUCACCUGGAUUCUCCCUCUAUUCAAACUACGAGGUGUAAAAGUAUACGUAUCCUACCACGUAUACUUAGAAUACUACAAGCUCCACUAUCUUGGAGACAACAUCGUAAUAGGGUGGAUUGCCGAAUUCAUCCUCAUGUUCUUCUACUUCUUUAAUCUAGUCUUUUGGGCCGAUAUCGUCGGAAUCCCUUCAAAAACUGCAGACUAUUAUAUAUACAAGUACUCCAGCAGAAUACACUACAUGAAGAGUGGACUGGAAACAUCUAUAUUUAAACCACUGGCCGCUGAUGAGAUGGAGGAUCCGAGUACUACUAGCUGGACUACCAACAAGAGUCCACCGAGGUAUUCGUUACGGUCUAGUAGCAACAAGUAUGCUAAACUCGCUGUGCCGCCGUCUCCUAAUCUAGUACCCAACUAUAAUAAUGGUAAUAGUCCAACAUCAAACGACAACAAGUUUGCAUCUCUACCAUCACCUCUGCCACCUUCCGCUAUAAUACCCACCACAAACGGAACCCACCAUCAUCCUGUAACAACCAGCAUUAUAUCACCACAUAAAAGAUCCCCAACAUUGGUAUACGUAGGUCGUCUCGCCAAUGAAAAAUCAAUCGACUUUCUAAUCGAAGCUCUAGAACACCCUAAACUGCUAAACGCCAGACUCGUCAUUGUAGGUGACGGUCCAGCACGUAAAUCACUAGAAACCCGAGCUAGGCAAAUCGUCGGUCCCGAUAAAGUAUAUGGACGGCUAAAACCAACACGACGCCAAAAGAAGGAUCCAUCGUAUAUAGAACCCGUUGCUCCAGAACCCCAUUUACCAGGUCUAGAUUCCAUGCGAGUCAUAUUCACUGGAAUGGUAUUAUCCGAAACGGCUAUAGCACAUUUUUAUGCACAUGCUGAUGUAUUCGUGUCUGCUUCUGGGUCUGAGACUUUUGGAUUUACGGUUGCUGAAGCCAUGGCAUGUGGUACUCCACCCGUUGUCGUCAGGUCGGGCGCCUAUGCUACUGCAUACCGGAUUGUUAACGAAUGGAUGUAUGAUGAAGGCGAUCGAGAAGAUUAUGUUGGAAAAGUUAUAAGAGCUUGUGAAGGUGGUAAAGGCUUACGUAGAAAGAGUCGACAGAUGGCUGUGCAUCAUUUCAGUGUGCAGGCUGCUGUCAAGGAUUUGUUGAGGACGUAUCAGUGGGUUAUUGACGGUGGGGAUCCGGAUAAGACUGCUGAUUGA